AUGGCGAUCAGGAAACUGAAACCAUACUUCCAAUCCCACCAGAUCAUCGUCAGAUCCAGCCAACCUGUGAAAAAGAUUCUGGAAGGAAAAAACAAAUCAAGCCGUGUCACUGAUUGGGCUAAUCAACUUGUAUAUUUCGGCAUCGAAUACGAACCACGAACAGCGAUCAAAGCACAAGCCUUGGCUGACUUCAUUGCCGAAAGCACUAUCCCCCAACAGCCUGAACCUAAUCAAGAAUGGAAGUUGUAUGUAGAUGGAUCCUCGACACAAUCAGCAAGCGGAGCUGGGCUGCUGAUCAUGUCUUCUGCCGGGGUCCGUAUGGAAAGAGCGGUCAAAUUCGAGUUCGCGGCCUCUAACAAUGAAGCAGAAUACGAAGCCCUACUCAUGGGGCUCAAAAUCUACUAUGAGGCAGGGACUAAAAUAUUAUCCACUUUCUCUGAUUCCCAACUAAUAGUCGGACAAGUGAAUGGGGAAUUCGAAGCCAAAGAUGACAGUAUGAAGAUGUACUUACAAGAAGUAAGAGAAUUUGUCAAGAAAUUCGACAAAUUCACAUUGAUCCACAUUCCAAGAUCUCAAAACGCACAGGCCGAUUCCUUGGCAAAACUCGCCAGCUCAGCUGAAACAUCCGCGGCUCACGAUAUUAUCUGUGAAGUUCUUCCAAACCCCAGUAUCAACCUCAUGGUUAACACCAUUGAUAGAUUAGAAAUGUGGACGGACCCAUACAUCAAAUUUUUGCAAAAUCAGACGCUCCCCCAGGACAAGAAUCAGGCCAAAGUGCUUCAAAAGAAGGCCAGAUGGUUCGAGCUCCACGAAGGCACGCUCUAUAAAAAAUCAUAUACCCAUCCCCUUUUAAAAUGUGUUUCUCCUGAAGAAAGAAACUACAUCCUUUGCGAAAUACAUGAAGGCGGAUGCAGCAUACAUCAAGGAGUACGAACUGUCAUUGGCAAAGUCCUCAUAAGCGGAUAUUAUUGGCCCUCUCUCAGGAAAGACGCGAAAGCCUUGGUCAAGCGAUGUCCCGAAUGCCAAUACCACUCAAAGAUAAAAAGGAAACCCUCUAACUACCUGUCCGUCAUGCAAGCCGUCUUGCCAUACGGCAUUCCUCGUGUGAUCAUUACCGACAAUGGAAGACAAUUUGUCAGCAAGAACACAAUACAAUACUAUGACAGAUUUGGCAUUCAAAUCCGAUUCAGUACCGUAUCUCGGCCACAAACAAAUGGGCAAGUUGAAUCAACAAACAAGAAGAUCCUAAACGGCAUCAAAAAGAAAAUAGAGGGGGUUAAAGGUACUUGGGACGAAGAACUACUCGGUAUCCUAUGGGCAAGCCGAACAACCGUCAAAGAAGCAACAGGGCAUACCCCAUUCUCUCUGGUAUAUGGGUCUGAAGCCGUGCUUCCAGUAAAGAUAGGCAUACCCUCCACAAGGAUUACCUACUACUCACACGACGAAAAUGAACAAGGGAAAAGGGAGAACUUAGAUCUGCUUCCAGAAACACGGGGGAAUGCAUUGUUAAGAUUCGUGGCCCAAAAACAGAAGAUGAUUCGCAGCUUCAACCGACUCGUCAAAACUAAACACGUUCAAAUUGGCGACUUCGUCCUAUGUAAAGUGGAGGCCACGGGGAAAAUCGUAGAUGGGAAAAUCGUAGAUAAAGGGAAAAUCGGAGCCAACUAG